AGCCGAAAGCUUAAACCUGUUUGCUGUCUUUGUAAAAUUCCGCAUAUGUUAUAUAUUGUAUGCAUAAAAAAUAUAUUUAAGUACAACGAGAUAUAUAUACACGUCUCGGAUAAAAAUGCUUCUUUUCUGUCCAACGUGUGGAAACGUGUUAAUUGUGGAGGAAGGACAAAAGUGCAUGAGGUUCGCCUGUAACACUUGUCCGUAUGUGCACAACAUCACGAGAAAGGUAAAUAACAGAAAAUAUCCCAAGUUAAAAGAAGUGGAUGAUGUUCUUGGUGGCGCAGCAGCUUGGGAAAAUGUGGAUUCGACGGCAGAAACUUGUCCCAAAUGUGAGCAUCCUCGGGCAUAUUUCAUGCAGAUUCAGACCAGAUCGGCCGAUGAACCCAUGACCACCUUCUACAAAUGCUGUAACGCCCAGUGCGGUCACCGCUGGAGAGACUAAAAUAUUUGGAGAUGUGGUAAAUACAGCAGUAAUUUUCAAACAUUAUUUAAAAAAAAAGAAAGAAAAUCCAAUCAAAGCAUAUAUGACUUGAUCCAGUGGCUAGUAAACAUUGCCUUCAUUUUAUGGGUUUGUUAUGCUUACUGGUCAUCCUGGGGGAAAUAUUUGGUCCAUCUCACCUCCACUGUCCCAAAAAUGCCUGAAGAAAUGUCUUUUUUUUUGCACAAACAUGGUCAGACGUUUUUAAGUUGUAAGAAAAUAGUCAAAAAUGUAAUGCGAAAAUUGACCAAACUGAACACUAGACUAGAAUUUUUGUCGGGGAAAAGUAAAUGUAUAUAAAAUGUAAAUAAAAGGCGAGAGCAUACUUUAAAUUAGA